GAACAGCUAUAUGCAGUCUGACGAAGAUUCAGCUCUCCAAUACCAAUACUUGAUGAGUGACUGCAGCCCACAGCCCAUCAUAUAGCUCAAGAUUACGAUCGAAUAGCACAUUCAGAUUGAUAACUCGUAACACAUUGCCGAAAAUGAGCGCAUUACCGUCUACACUCGUAGGUCUGCCACCUAUAUUGCUGUCGUCUUUUCUAAAGGGUCAUGUUAGCGUUGUCUAUACACACUUUGUCAUGUGCGAUUUGCUGCCUCUUUUUACUCUGCACUACCUGUCUUGCUUUUGGCAUUUGGCAUCUAUACGUAGAUCGGCCAACGUAAAGGACGUUAGGCUCGAGUUCAUUGCUUCUAGUGAAUCGAUAUAUGGGAGUAGCAACCGUUGUUUUGUUGUUUCCAUGCCACUGGAUAGCUCUUUUGCUGCUAUGUUAGCUGCAGCGGCUGCAAUGCGCCUUGUCCGCGACCUAUCACAGUCAUUGAAAGUUUGGCCAAGAGACGCUACUGCUGCACGAUCUUAGCAGUUGAACCGCCGUUCCUCGCAUCAGAUGCAUCAUGUGUAUGCGCAAUCCUG